GGCGCGCGACGGGCCGAAACACCGAGAAUGAGAAUCCCGGUUUGAACCGGAUUGAACCGGUCCGAGGUUGGAAGCAUGAGCGGAGAGGAAGAGCGGAGCCUCACGCUGUAAAAGCCGGAGCUGCCCCACACUGUGUGCGAGCACAGACUGAAAUAAAGUGACUCAAUUGCGGGCUGAUGAGCCGGAACACCGACUCUGGGCUGUUAGCUUAGCAUCACGUUAGCCGCCAGAGCCGAAUCCUCAUUGACUUUGCCAUUAGCACGCUAGCUGGCUGUUAGCCCGGUGGGAGUCGGCUGUGGUGACAGGUAACGAAAACCAUGGUCCGCCGCGGCUAGAGGAGGAGAACCAACCGACCGGAGAGGUUUCAACACGGCGACCAGGACCCACACGCACCCGGGGGGAACGUUUAAAGUUGGCGGUCACUGCCGGUGUCAGCCAGGGGAGCUAGCGUUAGCUUCGUGCUAGCGGAGGUUAGCAGCGGAGGAAACGUGCCAUGAGAUAAAAGUUGAUCGGGUUUUUUUUUUCCAUCGCAUCGAGAAGAUUCGUAUUUUCGCUCCUCGGCCACAGCUCGCACCAGUCCCCGGACAACCGCUCCAGACGAGCCGGACAGGACUCCCCAGAAGCUCUAUGCCAGCAGAAAUGACGAUGUUGGCCGAUCACCCAGCCAGACAGCUGCUGGACUUCAGUCAAAAACUGGACAUCAACCUGUUGGACAAUGUUGUCAACUCUAUGUACCAUGACAUUGGUUCCCAGCAACGGGUGGCUCAGGAAGUGCUGACCAACCUAAAAGACCAUCCAGAUGCCUGGACGAGGGUCGACACUAUCCUGGAGUUCUCACAGAACAUGAAAACCAAAUAUUAUGCGCUGCAGAUUCUGGAGGUAGUCAUCAAAACUCGCUGGAAGAUUCUCCCGAGAAAUCAAUGUGAAGGAAUCAAGAAAUAUGUUGUCGGUUUGAUCAUCAAGACGUCUUCUGAUCCUGCCAACAUGGAGAAAGAAGGAGUUUACAUUUCAAAACUCAACAUGAUCCUCGUUCAGAUCCUGAAGCAGGAAUGGCCCAAACACUGGCCCACAUUCAUCAGUGACAUCGUGGGCGCGAGUCGGACCAGCGAGAGCCUCUGUCAGAACAACAUGAUCAUCCUCAAACUGCUCAGUGAAGAGGUCUUUGACUUCUCCAGUGGCCAGAUGACCCAGGUGAAGGCCAAGCACCUCAAAGACAGCAUGUGCAACGAGUUCUCCCAAAUAUUCCAGCUGUGCCAGUUUGUGAUGGAGAACUCGCAGAACGCUCCGCUGGUGCACGCCACGCUGGAGACUCUCCUCCGCUUCCUCAACUGGAUUCCUUUAGGUUACAUCUUUGAAACCAAACUCAUCAGCACGCUGGUCUACAAGUUCUUGAAUGUGCCCAUGUUUCGCAAUGUGACGCUGAAAUGUUUGACAGAGAUCGCUGGCGUGAGCGUCAACCAGUACGAGGAGCAGUUUGUGAACCUGUUUACUCUCACCAUGUCCCAGCUUAAACAG